GGGAAAAAGGUCUUCUGAGCACCAGUAGUCAGUCUGUGUAGGAAGAAGGAAAUUAGCUGUAACUGGUUCCUACUGGAGGAGUUCUGGUUUGCUGCACUCAAUGAUGACCUCUGGGUUUUACCUAAAAUUGCUGUGGUGUAUCUUGUUAAUAUGUUCUUUGUUUGGUGAAGGUGAACAAGCUCCCAGCUUUGGUGCUUCUCAGAGCUCUACCCUCAAUUAUGAAGAUGAUUAUAGAAGAUUGCCAAGGGGACCUUUGCUCUGGAAUGAAGCCAGUGUUGUUCCUUCUUGGGAUGCUGACAGCUCUGAGGACAGUAAUGUUUUAGCUGAUGUAUCUGAUACAUUUCAGAGAAAUUCUUCUAGUAAUGAUAGCUUAGCCACUGGUAAAGCUGCCUCUACUAGUCUCUGGGGCUCAUUCUUGCUUGGCUUUAGUAAUAGCUCUGCCAAUGUUAAGCCUUCCCAGAACUCCUCUUAUGUGAAUAGGACAUCUUAUCUUGAACAGGCAGUUAGUUCCUCAGGAGGUGAAUCUCACCACCAGAGUCUAAGCCCUCGAGUUGGAGCUGGUUCUCUUCUAGAUGCAGUCUUUCAGAUUGGCCGAAAGCUAUCUCAGGCUAGCUUGAUUCCUCUCCAGAAUGUAAUGUACUCUCUUGGCUAUAGUUAUAGGUCAGAUGGCUCAUUCCCAGGUAAUCAUGACCCAAGACCGCAGGGUGUCUUGGCAUCAACUCAGAUGACUAGAUUUGCUCAGGGCUCCUAUACUUCUGGAAUGCAUGACAUCUCUACUACAACUCAGGUGAUUCCACAGUCUGGCUCUGUUCCAGGCCAGACCUUAAACCAGAGUGGUUCAUCUCUUGCCCAGGCUGCAGAUUCACAGGCUGGCUAUCCAUACAUUAAUUUGAACUCUACUACUAAUCAAAUAGGUCCAAAUGCUGGUUCUGUUCCCUUGCAACAUAACAAGUCACAGGUGGGCUUCAGCUCUGCUCAAGGGUUGUGGUAUCCUUCCAGUAAAGACCCUGUUCAUCCAGGGAUCAAAGGAGUUACUUCUGGUAACUAUGCUACUGUACAAUGGGUAGCUUCCGAGACUGGGUUUCCUGUGUCUCAAGCUAGAGGCACUGUAAUGAGUUCAGCUCCUGUUCAGAGUCAAGGUUCCCAGCUUGGCUACCCCCACGUGAGUUUUGCCCCUGCUCAGACUAUUUCAAUCAGUGGCUUGAGUCCUUCCCAACCUAGUAGCUCACAAGUAGUUUCUGGCCCUGCUAAUGGGUUGCUGUAUCCCCCUGGCUUCACAUAUGAUCAGGGUGCAGUUUCUUCAGGUGCUCAGAGCAGCUAUGAUACCUAUUCAGUAUCUUCCCAGAGUGGUGGUGCUGUUCCUAAUUGGGCUGUAACCACUUUUCCUGGCCUGACAAUGGUUCCACAGGCUGACUUUAUGACCGGUUUGGUCACAAUGCCCCAAGCUGGUUUUAUUCCUGGCGUGUCCCACUGGGAUCCUAUGGGUUGCAGUUCUGGCUGGGAUGUUGGUUAUCGCCACCUCCAGGUUAAUUCUGCCUUGGCUCAGCUAGCUGGUCCUGUAGCUGCUUAUGGUCCUUCUCGCACCACUGAAUUUCAGGUGGUUUCUGCUCCUGCCCAUACAAUUGUUAGUGCUAUUCCAGUCAAUACCAUGGUGAAUAGCAGACCCCAGUCUCGUGCUAGUGCAGCUCUAGGCCAGACUGUGGUGCCCUAUGGAAUUCGUCAUCUUGCCCACACAGUAAGUGGUUCUGCUCAGGUGGUACAAGAGCCAUCCAAUUUUAAUUGGCAACAUACUGUUUCACCAGUCCCUUUGGUUUCUGGAGCUAGCAACUAUAGGGGACUCUACAGUCCUGGCCAGCCUCUGGGCUCCUGGGCUGUUACUCCUCAUCUUAUGAGAGUCCCAGGUGAUCUAUGCUUAUGUCUGAAGGAUUUCAGAGUUUCAUCCAGUCUCCUGUUGCUGAUAUCAGUAUCUUGACCUACUAUGUUAAAGAGGGAACAUUCAGAAUGAGAUCUAGAACCCAGUGCCUUAGUUGCAAAAUGGAUUGUAAAGCACUGUAGCUGUAAUUCCUCAGUAAGGAGUCACUUGCCCUGUUUGUUCAGAAAAGCAGGUGUAAUUACACGUAUGAGCAACUUCCAAUUAAAAUGUGGAAAAGUUCCAGGACAACACUAAUGAAUUGGAUUUUAAAUAAAU